UAAACCGCAAUCAUGGGAAAGGUCCACGGAUCCCUCGCUCGUGCCGGAAAGGUGAAGUCUCAGACACCAAAGGUUGAGCCUCAAGAGAAGAAGAAGACCCCCAAGGGCCGCGCGAAGAAGAGAAUCACAUACACCCGCCGAUUUGUGAACGUCACGCUCACCGGUGGCAAGAGGAAGAUGAACCCCAACCCAACCUCAUAGACAAUCAACACUUGGGUGGAGAGACGGAGAUGGCGUUGCUUUACAUGGACAAGAUCAACCUGGAUCAGACUUGGGAUUGACGUUCUCAAGAGCAGAGAGGGUGCGAAAGCUCUGUUAUGCUGAAGGAUGAGAUAACAAUUCGCUUGGAGGAAGGGAUGCAUCUCAGGCGUUACUUUGUACAUUUGACCCCAACAACGAUGCUUCACGCUUCUGCUUGAUCAAUGGAACGUUUGGCCUUCUCCUGGAUUUGCAGUCUUGGGCACAUUUAUGAUACUGGAAUGGACCGUGUUUGCGGUUGGAAUGCUUGUGAAUACACACGAGGAGAAUCAGGAACCGUGAUGCGAUUGUUGAUUGAGACAAGUGUUGAAACUCUAGGCUAUAUCGGUAGACGCUAGAUGCACCAGAAAGCUCUGUUCUGCGAUUCUU